CUUCAAACAGAUAACUUCAUAGUUUAGGCAAUCAUGCCAGCGUUGGUUUUUUUCCCCAGACGCAGGAAAACUCCUGGAUGUCCUUAUGAAUAAAAGAAAAUCCACAUUUUGAGGAAAUAUGUUUACAUGAUUUGUAUUACCUUGAUUCAUUACCUUGAAUGUGAGACAUGGCCAUUGAAGUAAGAAUCAUCAUGGCUAUCCUGCUGACCCAUGUGUGGGUUGUGGAAACUCUUGAUUUCUCAGGAAUAAGUAUGGACUUACAGUUUAGCUACAAAGAUGGGCCAGUGCAUCAUAUAAGACGAAGAAGUGCAGAUCCAGUGGAAUACAUCAUAGUUGUUGAAGUGAAUGCAUCUGAAACUGUAGCGAUCAGCAAAAUCAGAUCUUCUGUGAACUCUGUCAUACUUCCAUUUCAAAUGGACAAUGUUGUUGAAAUUACAGCUUUCAACAUUUCAACAGUGUGUUCUCUGAAUGACACAAUGUAUCAGUGUAAAUGUGAGGAUCUGUUUGUUUGGCCGAAUGACACGUGUCAUUCAUAUGAGGCCUGUGAUGACAUCAUUGAUGGUUCAUGUACAUGUAUCAAUGCCCUUCCAGCCGACGGACAGUUCUGCCAAGAGCCACUUUCUGAGUUUUUGUAUGAGUAUGAGACUGAAAUCGCUGUAAGUUUGUCUGACUUGUUCCUGGUGGACUACUUAAGGUAUCUCAUCACAAAUACCAGUCUGCCUUUCCCUCUAAACAACAACAUAAACAUCACAGAUAUCGACAUGACUACAGUGUGUGGGUUAAAUGAAACAGAAUACGAGUGCAAGUGCGAGAAGCUUCAUUUCUGGCCCAAUGACACCUGCAGGGCCUAUCAGGUGUGUGAUGGCAUUGUGGGAGGCACUUGUGGAUGUAUUAAAGCUCUCCCUUCAGAGGGGCCACUCUGCCAGAGAGAUAUUGAUGAAUGUCUGUUCAGCUCAUCUGUAUGUGGUCCAAAUUCCAUCUGUGCAAAUCAGUUGGGAAGUUACAGUUGCUCAUGUCUUGAUGGAUUCACUGCAAAGGACUCAGGUCUACCCAUCAACAUUAAUAACACAUGUACAGAUAUAGAUGAAUGUCUGUUCAGCUCAUCUGUAUGUGGUCCAAAUAUCAACUGCACAAAUGAAAUGGGAAGUUACAAUUGCUCAUGUCUUGAUGGAUUCACUGCAACAAACUCAAGUCUCCCCAUAAGCAUCAAUAACACAUGUACAGAUGUGAAUGAAUGUCUUAAAACAUCAGAGGUCUGUGGUCCAAACUCUCAUUGCACCAACUCAAAUGGGAGUUACAGCUGUUCCUGCUUGAGUGGAUUUACUGUAACAAAUAUCAGUGAACCAGUCAGCACCAGUAACCCAUGCAAUGAUAUUAAUGAAUGUCUCAACUCCUCAUCGGUGUGUGGGCUGAAUGCUAACUGUUCCAAUUACAACGGAAACUAUUCAUGCUCUUGUUGGGAAGGAUAUGAUGUUUCACAGAUUAAUGAAACUAUUAAUAGCAGUAACCCAUGCAUAGAUAUAAAUGAAUGUCUGUUCAGUCCAUCUGUAUGUGGUCCAAAUGCCAACUGUAGAAAUGCAUUGGGAAGUUACAGUUGCUCAUGUCUGGAUGGAUUCACUACAACAAACUCAAGUCUCCCCAUCAGCAUCAAUAACACAUGUAGAGAUGUGAAUGAAUGUCUUAAGACAUCAGAGGUCUGUGGUCCAAAAUCUCUUUGCACCAACUCAAUUGGGAGUUACAGCUGUUCCUGCUUGAGUGGAUUUACAGUAACAAAUAUCAGUGAACCAGUCAGCACCAGUAACCCAUGCAAUGAUAUUAAUGAAUGUCUCAACUCCUCGUUGAUGUGUGGGCCAAAUGCUAAUUGUUCCAAUUACAACGGAAACUAUUCCUGCUCCUGUUGGGGAGGAUAUAAUGUCACAAAGAUGAAUGAAACUAUUAAUAGCAAUAACCCAUGUAUAGAUAUAGAUGAAUGCCUGUUCAGUCCAUCUGUAUGUGGUCCAAAUGCCAACUGCACAAAUGAAAUGGGAAGUUACAGUUGCUCAUGUCUUGAUGGAUUCACUGCAACAAACUCAAGUCUCCCCAUCAGCAUCUAUAACACAUGUACAGAUGUGAAUGAAUGUCUUAAAACAUCAGAGGUCUGUGGUCCAAACUCUCAUUGCACCAACUCAAAUGGGAGUUACAGCUGUUCCUGCUCGAGUGGAUUUACUGUAACAAAUAUCAGUGAACCAGUCAGCACCAGUAACCCAUGCAAUGAUAUUAAUGAAUGUCUCAACUCCUCAUCGGUGUGUGGGCUGAAUACUAACUGUUCCAAUUACAACGGAAACUAUUCAUGCUCUUGUUGGGAAGGAUAUGAUGUUUCACAGAUUAAUGAAACUAUUAAUAGCAGUAACCCAUGCAUAGAUAUAAAUGAAUGUCUGUUCAGUCCAUCUGUAUGUGGUCCAAAUGCCAACUGCAGAAAUGCAUUGGGAAGUUACAGUUGCUCAUGUCUGGAUGGAUUCACUACAACAAACUCAAGUCUCCCCAUCAGCAUCAAUAACACAUGUAGAGAUGUGAAUGAAUGUCUUAAGACAUCAGAGGUCUGUGGUCCAAAAUCUCUUUGCACCAACUCAAUUGGGAGUUACAGCUGUUCCUGCUUGAGUGGAUUUAUAGUAACAAAUAGCAGUGAACCAGUCAGCACCAGUAACCCAUGCAACGAUAUUAAUGAAUGUCUCAACUCCUCGUUGAUGUGUGGGCCAAAUGCUAAUUGUUCCAAUUACAACGGAAACUAUUCCUGCUCCUGUUGGGGAGGAUAUAAUGUCACAAAGAUGAAUGAAACUAUUAAUAGCAAUAACCCAUGUAUAGAUAUAGAUGAAUGCCUGUUCAGUCCAUCUGUAUGUGGUCCAAAUGCCAACUGCACAAAUGAAAUGGGAAGUUACAGUUGCUCAUGUCUUGAUGGAUUCACUGCAACAAACUCAAGUCUCCCCAUCAGCAUCUAUAACACAUGUACAGAUGUGAAUGAAUGUCUUAAAACAUCAGAGGUCUGUGGUCCAAACUCUCAUUGCACCAACUCAAAUGGGAGUUACAGCUGUUCCUGCUCGAGUGGAUUUACUGUAACAAAUAUCAGUGAACCAGUCAGCACCAGUAACCCAUGCAAUGAUAUUAAUGAAUGUCUCAACUCCUCAUCGGUGUGUGGGCUGAAUACUAACUGUUCCAAUUACAACGGAAACUAUUCAUGCUCUUGUUGGGAAGGAUAUGAUGUUUCACAGAUUAAUGAAACUAUUAAUAGCAGUAACCCAUGCAUAGAUAUAAAUGAAUGUCUGUUCAGUCCAUCUGUAUGCGGUCCAAAUGCCAACUGCAGAAAUGCAUUGGGAAGUUACAGUUGCUCAUGUCUGGAUGGAUUCACUACAACAAACUCAAGUCUCCCCAUUAGCAUCAAUAACACAUGUAGAGAUGUGAAUGAAUGUCUUAAGACAUCAGAGGUCUGUGGUCCAAAAUCUCUUUGCACCAACUCAAUUGGGAGUUACAGCUGUUCCUGCUUGAGUGGAUUUACAGUAACAAAUAGCAGUGAACCAGUCAGCACCAGUAACCCAUGCAACGAUUUUAAUGAAUGUCUGUUCAGUUCAUCUGUAUGUGGUCCAAAUGCCAACUGCACAAAUGAAAAUGGAAGUUACAAUUGCUCAUGUCUAGAUGGAUUUACUGCAACAAAUGCAAGUCUACCCAUCAGCAUCAAUAACACAUGUACAGAUGUGGAUGAAUGUCUUAAGACAUCAGAAGUCUGUGGUCCAAACUCUUAUUGCACCAACUCAAAUGGGAGUUACAGCUGUUCCUGCUUGAGUGGAUUUACGGUAACAAAUAGCAGUGAACCGGUCAGCACCAGUAACCCAUGCAAUGAUAUUAAUGAAUGUCUCACCUCCUUGUUGGUGUGUGGGCCGAAUGCUAACUGUUUAAAUUACAAUGGAAAGUAUUUGUGCUCUUGUUGGCAAGGAUUUAACGUCACAAAAAUGAAUGAAGCUAUUAAUAGCAGUAACCCAUGCAAAGAUAUAAAUGAAUGUCUGUUCAGUCCAUCUGUAUGUGGUCCAAAUGCCAACUGCACAAAUGAAAAGGGAAAUUACAGUUGCUCAUGUCUGGAUGGAUUCACUGCAACAAACUCAAGUCUCUCCAUCAGCAUCAAUAACACAUGUACAGUUCCACCACCAACAAGACCAUCAACUCCAACAUCAUCAGCACCACCACCACCAACACCAUCAACACCAACAUCAUCAGCCCCACCACCAUCAACACCAUCAACUCCAACAUCAUCAUCAGCACCACCACCAACAACAAGAACAACAAUGACACCAACAGUAAUUGGAAUGUCAAUGACAAUAAAUCAGGUUUUUGACAUCAGUCUUACGGACCCUAAUAGCAAGACUUACAAAGAUUUAUCUGGACAAAUUGAGUCAACAAUUAAUGUAAGUUAUUCUAAUAAGCUAACUGGCUACAUUAUUGGUUCUACAAGCGUCUUUAGAUUCAGGUCUGGUAGUGUUUUAGCAGACUAUGCAAUAAAUGCAACAUCCAACAGCCUUGAUUUUGGAGCUGCAAACACACAGGUUUCUGACUCUCUAACGAGGCAAGGCAUAGAUGUAGCUGAAGAUGCUUUUGCUCAAAGUGAUCAAACAGUCUUCACAACAGAUCAGUUAUAUCCUCUGCAAAAGGUGGACCUGAACUGUAUACAGCCAGACUUUGCAAAGGGACAAAUAAAAUGGACAUUGAAUAACAAAGAUCUUGCAGAAAACACAAAAUAUUUCAUUUCAAAUGACAACAGAACUCUCACUAUGAAAAACGCUAGUGAAAGUGACAGUGGUCAAUAUUCAUGCAUCAUACAAAGGAAUACAAUACCCUACAUUCAGUGGCAAAACGUCAUUAUUAAACAACGCCCCAGUAUUAUUGUGGGUGAUAAAUACCGUACUUUUCCAUGUGAUGGCAGCAGUUUCCAACUGAAAUGUACUGUUGAUUUUGGCUACAGUAUUGAGUGGGUCAUUGGUGGAAAAGUACUAAUUUCAGGAUCUAACAGUAUCAUAUUAAACUACGCUUCUCAGAAGGGAAAUUGUACAGAAGAAACCUUUACAUGUCGUCUCAAGGAUCUGCCACAACUACAGGAUUACAGUUACAGCUAUGGCAGCAUCAUAGUUAGGACAAGCACGGAAAAUUAUGACUGUCAAAAUGAAGAACUUGGAGUUGGAAAAACAAAUGAUGUGAUGACAGGAGUCUGUGGAACAGGCAUGAAAGGCACCAUAACUUACAAAUGUGAAUCAAAUGUUUGGAAACCAGUAGAGGACAACUGUGUACUUGAAGUUAUCGUCAACCUUAAAAACAAACUCGAGUCCUUGACUGUGGAGGGGAUUCCAGGGUUUAUGGCUAACCUCAGUAUUGCCACAUCUGAGAAUAAUAUUAAUAUAACACAGUCUGCUGCUACUGUCAAAGCAAUUGUUGACAUACUCUUUAAAAUUGCUGACUUAUCACAAACUACUGUCAUCAAUGAAGCAGUGAUGGAAAAUUUCCUAAAAACAGCGGACAUUAUCGUAUCCGGUAAUGUCAGUGAUACAUGGAACAAACUGAACAAAGGCAACAAAACAGAACACAUCAGCAUUAAACUUCUGAGCGCUAUUGAGAAUAUAAGUGACCGUCUCACAGAUGAGUUUGAUAUUUAUGAAACAUCCAUUCAGCUGAAUAGAACUACAAUUAAAAACUCAUUCAAUAUAACAUCAGCACUGCCAAAUUCAACUACAGAGAUUGUGAUACCACAGGUUCCUCAGGCGACUAUCAUAACCAUCGUAAUCUUCACAACUCUUGACAAUGUCCUGCCUUCUCAAGGUACUAAUGACAGCAGGAAAUCAGAUGUGCGCAUCAAUGGAGAUGUGGUUGUUGUUAAGGUUAAUGAAACGCUUAACAACAUUUCUUUUACAUUUGACAUUACUAAUCAGUCUUUGGGAAAUCCUCAGUGUGUCUUUUGGAACUUUAGUCUCAACACAUGGGAUUCCACUGGAUGUGAAGUAAAGCGGAACAACACUGGCAAGAUUACAUGUGAAUGCAACCACACAACCUCUUUUUCAAUCCUAAUGUCACCGUUUUCCAUUGAUCACAAAGCCUUAGCCUAUAUAACUUACAUUGGCGUAGCUAUUUCGAUGGCCAGCUUGAUUAUAUGCCUUAUUAUUGAGAUUAUUGUAUGGAAGUCAGUAAGAAGAAGUGACACAUCCUACAUGCGACAUGUCUCUAUAGUCAACAUUGCUGUGUCCCUGCUGAUCGCAAACAUCUGUUUUAUCAUUGGAGCUGCAAUUGCAGACAAAGAGCAGCCAACCACAGAGGCUCACUGCAGUGCACCGGUUUUCUUCAUGCACUACUUUUACCUGGCUCUUUUCUUCUGGAUGUUAAUGUCAGCACUGUUUCUCUUUUACCGUACAGUCAUGGUCUUGUCUCAAAUGUCAAGGGCUAAAAUGAUGGUCAUUGCCUUCACAGUCGGUUAUGGUGCACCUUUGCUCAUAGCAGUCAUUACUGUUGCAUCAACAGCUGGACAUCAAAAGUAUACUUCCAAACAAGCAUGCUGGCUGAACUGGUCUGACUCUAUGGCUCUGCUGGCAUUUGUGAUUCCAGCUCUCACUAUUGUAGCCAUAAACCUUAUGGUUUUGAUUGUGGUUCUAUACAAGAUGUUGAGGAGAGGAGUUGGUGCUGCAACUCAACCAGAUGAGAAACAUGCCCUGGUGGUCAUUGUCAGAUGUGUGGCCAUUUUGACUCCUAUCUUUGGUCUAACAUGGGGAUUUGGAAUUGGAACCAUGGUGUCACAGGAAUUAGGCAUUCAUGUAGUGUUUGCACUCCUCAAUUCACUGCAGGGAUUCUUUAUUUUGGUGUUUGGAACGCUUUUAGACAGCAAGGUUUGUGAGUCACUACCAGGAAAACAGUUGCUACAGAAACUUUCAAGCCGUACCAAGAGCACCAGUGCAGGAUCAUCAUCCACAUCUGGACUGCCUUUCUUGCAAAGGAAGCGACGGAGGCAUGUGUACAACGUAUCCGAAGCCAACCUUUCCUCAGCAGUUACAUCUUCAGACAGCUCCAGUGGCUCAUAUGCUAUUAUGAACACUUAAAGAGUUUCUGUUACUGCAUGUUCUGAAUUAUUAGUUUAAAAAUAAUAUUAUAGUAUGCCUUUAUAAUGUAUUGUGUAACGUUCUGUGAUUCCAGUGUUUGGUGUAUGAACUUUUAUCUUUUUUUUUUUUUUUUUUUUUUUUACAAAUUAAGAGUAAGUUUCAAAGUUGACUCUUUUUUUUUAAUCCGACAUUUUAAUCCUGUUUUUCUGCUCAGUUAUGAUAAAUUCCAAAUGUUUCCAAAAUUUUUAAACAUUACUGCAGCAUCACCAAUAAUUAAAUGUCUCUUCAUAUUGUAUUUAUUUAAAGCUGCAGUCUGUUAGUUUUGCCUCUUUGUCGCCAUCUCUGUUUGAAAACCUGGAAUUGAAGCUUUGUGCAGAAUUAUCUUGCUUGCAUGGGCUGUGCUCCGGCAUGGCUUCAGCGUGGAUGAAUCUGUUUUGAGGUGAAUGUGUAGCUGUCAGUCACCGCACCGAUGUGGAUGUUUACUGUACUUCACAAUCACAGAUUCUAGCCUAUGUCUUGGAUUAAAUGACCCAAAUAAGAAUUUUCAAAAAGCAAACUAUGCUCCCUUCGAACUGGUUUUCUUUAAAAUACAAAUCUUGUGUAAUCAUACUUCAGCUGGUACUAUCAUCUUUAUGGUAUUGGACAGUAGUUGCACUGAAACGGCAUACUACACUUUUAAUCAUUUUCUAGGAAAAUUUCAAUUUCAUUACGGCUGGAAUAAAAUACAAGGAUAACACAAUAGAUUUAAUUGAUAUUUUGACCACUCAACUAGAAAAUGUUUUUCAAAAAUCUGGUCAACUAUUCAUAAUUUAGAAUAUUUGAUUACAAAACAAACUGCCAAUUUAACAUACACUUGCAUUUAUGUAAGUUUGCCACUUUUGGCAAACCUUGCUCAUUUGGGAUGGGCACAUACUUUCCUUGGGCAUUUUUCAUUGUCAUUGUGAGUUCUUGCAUAUUGUUACUGUUUUGGGCAGUGCUUGAUGUGUUAUUGUCAUGCCAGUCAGUGCAGGCCUACUUAUUUUAUAAUUUAGGUAUUUAAGUUGGGUAACACUUUAUUUUGAUGGUCCCUUUUGAACAUUCUGUUAACACCAAGUAAUGUUGCAACUACAUGUCAACAAACUCUCAUAAGAGUAUUAGUAGACUGUCUGCUUCAUAUCUACACUGUAAAAAAAAAAAAAAAGUUGAGCCAACUUAAACUUUUAAGGCAACAAACUUCUGCAGAUUUUUGAGUUUUCUCAACUUGUUGUUUUAAGUUUAUACAACAAAAAUUUGAGAAUCUCCCACAAAAACAAGUUGAGCAAACUCAAAAAUCUGCUGAAGCUGGUAAAAAAUGUUUUUUUUAAGUUCGCUCAACUUUUUUUUUUUUACAGUGUACUAACUCCUUAUUGUGUUGGUCUCCCAACAGAUAUUCUACUGACUAUAAGUAACUUUGCAAGAACGUGUCAACUUAAUCUAACCCUAACCCUACCAGUCAACUAAUACACUACUAACACUCUAAUGAGAGUCAGUAGAAAUGUAGGUGUAACAUUACUUAUAGUCAAUAGAAAGUUUUAAAGGGACCAUCAAAAUAAAGUGAAACCUUAAGUUGAUUUUAGGAUCUUCAAAAUUCAAUUAUAAAACGGAUAGUUCUGGUCCUUGAUUCUGAUUGGUUGAGCUGCUUUCGAAGCUGUUGUAAAUUACUCUAUAAACAUACACCUUUGUUUACAUCUCUGUGUUGCUCGGCAACCACUUUGUUGCAAUUGCAACAGUUUCUGAGGAACUACAUUGUUUGGCAGAAGAAUAAUGUUUUUAUUAAUAUCAAUACAUUUUAUUUGCUUUGUUUCAUUUUGUGAAACCUUGCUACAUAUAUGGAAUAACCGUUUUAUAAAAGCAAUAAGCCCUGAGAAGCCGUGGUUUACAGUGAAUUUAUAACAGCUGUUAUAAAUUCACUGUAAACCAUGGCUUCUUGGGGCUUAUUGCUUUAAUAUAGUCACCUUUUUUCAGACAAGCCUGCCGCAUUUUAAAAUAUAGGUGACACUUCUGGUAUAGAGAAAUGCUACUCAAAAGAACUGAAACAAUUCAUUUAAAAUAAUAAGGUUGUGCUACAAAUAAUCCUGACCCGUCAGUUUGGCUGAAUGAGCUGUACAUUUUCCGUCAAUGAUUUAUUUUUAGUGUCUGGUAUUUUAAUGUGGUGUCACAAGGAUAUCUGUGUCAAGCUCCUUUCAGUCCGCUGUAUUCAAUUCCUCCAGAUGAUUUUCUAUUCUCUUGAUAUUUCUCUGCAUGAAAAAGACA